CCCAGCUGGGAGGAGGCGCGAGCCGAGAACGGAGCCUGUCGCCACUAGCGCGGCGGUGUGCUCACAUGGCUCUGUGGCGCGGCUCUGCGUGCGCUGGCUUCCUGGCGCUGGCCGUGGGCUGCGUAUUCCUGCUGGAGCCGGAGCUGCCGGGCUCGGCGCUGCGCUCUCUCUGGAGCUCGCUGCGGCUGGGGCCCGCGCCCGCGCCCCAGGGAUCUCUGUCCCCCGAGGGCCGGCUGGCGGCCGCCUGGGAUGCCCUNNNCGUGCAGCCCGCCCGGCGCUGGCGCCGCGUGGCUGUGGGAGUCAAUGCCUGUGUGGAUGUGGUGAUCUCUGGUGUGAAGCUUUUGCAGGCGCUUGGUCUCAGUCCUGGGAGUGGAAGAGAUCAUGCUGUUCUGCACUCAAGAAGUGAUCUGGAAGAAGCCUUUGUGUACUUCAUGGGGAAGGGAGCCGCUGCUGAGCGCUUCUUCAGUGAUAAGGAAACCUUCCAUGACAUCGCCCAGACUGCAUCCAAGUUCCCCGGAGCCCAGCACUAUGUGGGAGGAAAUGCAGCUUUAAUUGGACAGAGGUUUGCUGCCAAUGCAGACUUAAAGGUUCUUCUUUGUGGUCCAAUUGGUCCAAAGUUGCAUGAACUUCUUGAUGACAAUGUGUUUGUUCCACCAGAGUCACUGCAGGAAGUGGAUGAGUUCCACCUCAUUCUAGAGUACCUAGCAGGGGAGGAGUGGGGCCCGUUUAAAGCUCCCCAUGCCAACCGGUUCAUCUUCUCUCACGACCUCUCCAACGGGGCCAUGAAUAUGCUGGAGGUGUUUGUGUCUAGCCUGGAGGAGUUCCAGCCUGACCUGGUGGUCCUCUCUGGAUUGCACAUGAUGGAGGGACAAAGCAAGGAGCUCCAGAGGAAGAGGCUCUUGGAGGUUGUGACCUCCAUUUCUGACAUCCCCACUGGUAUUCCAAUUCAUCUAGAGCUGGCCAGUAUGACCAACAGGGAGCUCAUGAGCAGCAUUGUGCAUCAGCAGGUCUUUCCCGCAGUGACUUCUCUUGGGCUGAAUGAACAGGAGCUGUUGUUUCUCAGCCAGUCAGCAUCUGGACCUCAUGCUUCUCUCUCCUCCUGGGACGGUGUUCCUGAUGUGGGCAUGGUCAGUGACAUUCUCUUCUGGAUCUUGAAGGAACAUGGGAGGAGUAAAACCAGAUCCUCAGAUCUCACCAGGAUCCAUUUCCACACGCUGGUCUACCACAUCCUGGCAACUGUGGAUGGACACUGGGCCAACCAACUUGCAGCUGUGGCUGCAGGAGCUCGUGUGGCUGGGACACAAGCCUGCGCCACUGAAACCAUAGAUGCCAGCCGAGUAUCUCUAAGAGCACCUCAAGAGUUCAUGACAUCCCAUUCAGAGUCCGGCUCCAGAAUUGUAUUAAACCCAAAUAAGCCAGUGGUGGAGUGGCACAGGGAGGGAAUAACCUUCCAUUUCACACCUGUGUUGGUGUGUAAAGAUCCCAUUCGAACUGUGGGUCUUGGUGAUGCCAUUUCAGCUGAAGGCCUCUUCUAUUCAGAAGCACACCCUGAUUAGGAAAACUGUAGGCAGUUUGCGUGAGGAAUGAAAACCACCCAUCUUAAGAAUUCCAGGAAUAAUAUAGCUUGGAAAAUAGGCUGUGGGUGUCAGAACAGUUCCUAGACCUAAUUGGAAGACAGCCAAAGAAAUCACAGAAGAUUAAACUGUACAGAUACAUUCCAGCCUGUUGGCAAUUGCAUAAAAACACUUCAGGUUUAAUUGAAACUUAGUCAUGUACUAAUAAGAUUUUUGUUUUUUAUGUUGUGUUACAAAGGUUAGAGCCUCCAUUCCUGAGUCCCCAGUUGAUGUACCACCAGGUGUUACAUGACAUUUAACUCUGAAGAGUUCAUCCAGCCACAGAGAGCACUUUUCUCCUUGCCCACUAGAGAAGGGCAGUCCCUCCCCACAAGCCUAAUUGCUCAUAAAGCCUGGCAAAGGCAGUCAUGACAGCUUACGUUCCUGGGCAGAAUCAAGCUGUCCGUUCAGUGUUACAGUGACAAUAUUUGAUGUGCAUUCCUUCUCAGCCUCCUGCUCAGACAUAGGUCAGAGCCACAAGAAAGGAUAAAACUGUCCUGUGCUUUAUGAUCGCAGACUGGAGAUGCUUGGCAAGGCCUGAGCCACCUCAUCAAUCUAAACUUGCUUGGAAGGACCAUGCUUUCCUGCCCCAGCUCCAUAGACUGGGGCUGGCUGGACUCAGCCAGCCCCAUUGCUCAGCCCUGGAAGAGCUCUCUACAGCAGAACCCUGGUACUUCUUGUUCCUCCUGAGCCUUGAAGAGAUCUGCUUUACAACUGGAAUGUGCUUCUGUGUAGAACACAUGUGUUUCGUGUUUGCUUUGACACAGCCAUUAAAGAGUUUGACUUCAUAAGAGCCCCAAGAUCAUGAAUAAAUGUGUCAUGUUGUAUAUUUUUUUAACAAAUCAAGAUUUCUGUGUGCUUUUAAAAAUAUUAAAAGAAUUUACAUUUCAGGGA